GACAGAUUCCCUCCUCCGGCUGGCUUCGCAAAGCAGAGCGGCGAGGGCGUCGACAAGCAGGGGUGGGUGGAUGGGUGCUACCGGUAACCGGCGGAGGGAGCCAGCCAGACGAGAGUGAGUACAGCCGGGCACCCCGGCAGGAGAAAGCAGCCUGGCGAUGGCCGCAGCGGCCGGGGCAGCCGCUCGGCGCGGCCUCCCUGUAUACUCGCAGAAAAAUCUCACAUCAAAGAAAAAAUAUGAAUUUGAAGAUAUUUUGGAAGAGCGACGGCAGUCCAGUGACCUCAGAUAUGCAAUGAAAUGUUAUACUCCUGUUGUUUAUAAAGAACUUUCCCCCUGCAAGCCAAGUACCAUUAAAAGUAUUGUUCUACAGUCUGAGCAGGUUCAGUAUGUCAUCAGGCAGGUAUCAAAAGAGACUGGUGAAUCCCUUGAUAUUAUACAAGAAGAGGCAACAGAAAUUCUGGAUGAGAUGGGACACGGCAUGAAUAUGGGAGCUGUUCGUUUUUUUGCUUUCGCUCUGAGCAAAAUCUUUAAAUGCCUUUUCAAGAGCGUGUAUAUAAAUGAAGAUGGUAUGCAAAAAUUACAACAGGCAAUCCGAGAACAUCCUGUUGUCCUGUUGCCCAGCCAUCGAAGCUACAUGGAUUUUCUCUUACUGUCCUAUGUGUUCUUUAGUUAUGACUUGGCUUUGCCCGUCAUUGCAGCAGGAAUAGAUUUCCUUGGAAUGAAAAUAGUUGGUGAGCUGCUUCGAAAAUCAGGUGCCUUUUUUAUGCGACGUACAUUUGGUGGAAACAAGCUAUAUUGGGCAGUGUUUGCUGAAUAUGUCAAAUGUAUUUUAAAGAAUGGACAUGCCCCUGUUGAGUUUUACGUUGAAGGUACUAGAAGCCGUACUGCAAAGACAUUGUCUCCAAAGUUUGGUCUUCUCAAUAUUGUGAUGGAUCCUUUUCUUAAAAGGGAGAUUUUUGAUAUAUAUCUUGUCCCAAUCAGUAUCAGUUAUGAGAGGGUGUUGGAAGAAUUUCUUUAUGCAUAUGAACUUUUGGGAGUCCCUAAACCAAAAGAGUCUACAUCGGGACUCUUGAAAGCUAGAAAAAUUCUGAAUGAAGAUUUUGGAAACAUACAUGUGCAUUUUGGGCAGCCUGUAUCACUCAGAACAUUGGAAGCUGGAAGAAUGAAUAAAUAUCCAUUUAAUUUAGUUCCAAGGCACAUUCCCCAAAAGCCAUCUGAAGAAAUACAGAAAUUUGUCACUGAUGUAGCCUACCAAAUAGAGCUCUUACAAAUAGAAAACAUGGUACUGAAUCCAUGGGUGUUGAUUUGUACUAUCUUGCUCCAGAAUUUACCAGCUAUAGAUUUUGAACUUCUGGUGGAAAAGACACUUUGGUUGAAAAAUUUAACUCAGCUAUUUGGAGGAUUCCUAGACUGGCCUGAUAAUCUUUGUGCCAGCAAAGCUGUAAAAUCCGCCUUGGCGCUGCAUUCCAACAUUGCCAGCUUGGUUAAUGGGCAAGUGAUCGUCAAUAACAAAGAAAUGGGAUUUGUUACUACAGAGGACCCUGUGUUUAGGCACGCCUUCUCCAGCCUCCUGUGUGGCUCCUAUAGGAAUCAGUUGCUUAAUGUCUUUGUGCGACCAGCUCUUGUAGCAAUUGCAUUGCAAAUCACACACAGUUCCCGAAAAGAGGAGGUCUAUAACCAAUUUUCAUUCUGGCGUGAUGUUUUUUCUGAAGAAUUUAUCUUCUUUCCUGGAAUAUCCCUGAAGGUAAACUGUUAAGUUUUGAGCUCUUAAUA